UUUACUCUUGUUCACUAUUACGCACACAAUCUCAUAUGUUAACGUUCUUAGGACUACAGUCUUCCGGUGUUCAAUCAAAUUCUCUGUCGGGUAACAACUGGACCGGUAUUUUCAGAUUGCUGACCCAUGCGAUGGGACCCGUGCAAGAAAUUUCACAGUGGCCCAAAGUAUCAAAGUUCACUGUGUCUGCAUGUGCGGCCAGUGUUGCAGAAUUGGUCACAUUCCCCCUUGAUCUUACAAAAACAAGGCUUCAGAUACAAGGUGAACAUGCUCUUGAGAAUCUCAAGAGAGGAACCGGGAAAACUGUGUAUAGGGGGAUGCUGAGCACGGCUUUGGGAAUAGUGCGAGAAGAAGGACCACUGAAACUAUGGCAAGGGGCAACACCUGCAAUCUACAGGCAUAUAGUUUAUUCAGGGGGCAGGAUGCUAGCCUAUGAACAGCUUCGGGAUUUUGUGUUGGGAAAAUCAGAAGAUGGCAGUUUUCCUCUUUGGAAGGCUGCAUUUGGUGGCAUUGUAUCUGGUGCUCUGGGCCAAUUCUUGGCCAGCCCCACUGAUCUAAUUAAGGUACAGAUGCAAAUGGAAGGGAAAAGAAGAUUGGAAGGAAAACCUCCAAGAGUUCAUGGGGUUAUUCAUGCCUUUGUGAAGAUUGCGAAGGAAGGAGGGAUUCGUGGCCUCUGGGCUGGUUGGGUGCCCAAUGUACAGAGAGCUGCUUUGGUCAAUCUAGGAGACCUCACAACAUAUGACAGUGUGAAGCACAUUUUGCUAAGGAAUACCUCAAUCGGUGACAACUGUCUUUGUCAUGGAGUGGCAAGCACUUGCUCUGGCCUAGUAGCAGCUAUGAUGGGAACACCAGCUGAUGUGGUUAAAACGAGAGUAAUGAACCAACCUCGGGACUCAAAUGGAAAGGGUCUGUUGUACAAGUCAUCCAUAGACUGCCUGGUUCAGUCUGUUAAAGCCGAGGGAUUGCUAGCACUUUAUAAAGGCUUUGUACCAACCUGGUUAAGAAUGGCUCCUUGGUCUAUGACAUUCUGGAUAACCUUCGAGCAAAUCAGACGUGCUUUUGGCAUCAGUUCAUUCUAAACAAAUAAAUCAAAGGAGCAAUAAAACAAAUUGUCUAAUGAAAA